UCCUACCCUUUCUGCACACCUGCCCAUAACCCGUCUCCGGCUCUGCUCCUCUUCCUGCCUGUAUCUCAGCUUCUGUCUGUGUCCCUGCCCCUGCAUGUAUCCCUGCCCAGAUCCCUGCUCCUGUCCCCAUUUCUGCCCCUGUCUCUGUCCCUGCCAGUAACACUGCCUAUAACCCCAUCUCUGCUUGUAUCCCUGUUCCUGCCCACAUCAUUGCUGAUGUUCCUGCCCCUGCCUGCAUUCCUGUUUCAGUAUCUGCCCUGCUGUCAACCCAGCACUGAGGGGACACUUGUCCCUGCUCCUGCCCUAGUCCCUGUCCUGGCCUUUUCACUGCUCCUGCCUGUAUCUCUGCUUCUGUCCCUGCUCCUGACCAUAUCCCUGCCCUUGUCCCUCUCCCUGCCACUGUCUGUCCCUAUCCCUGCCACUUUUCCUGUCCCUGACCCCGACCUCACCCCACGUCUAUCCCCAUCCUUACCCACAUCCCCGCUCCUGCUACUGCUCCAUUCCUGACCCAUCCCUGUCCCUUCCUGCCUUCUACUCCCUGACUCUCUCCUGCCCACUCCUCCCUUCCCGCUCCUGUUCCUACUCUAUAUCCCCUUUCUUUCCUUCUUCGUUGCCCACGGCUCCUGCCCAUCCUCGUGCUUCGAGUUUCCAGGCUUGAGGUUCAUUCCGUUUUUUGGCUCUUCCCAGUUUCCCCGGAUGGCAGGGAAUCAAUUGCAGGGUGGGGCAUGGACAAGACUGUCACGAUCCGAUAAUCGGAUACGUGGAGAUUCUUUGUGAUCCCACCAGGGCAAAACAAAACCAACACAAUAUCGGGUACACAAAUUGGCUUUUAUUUAGGUACAGAUCAGACGGUAAGAGUUAUCUCCGGAUGUCUUUGCCCAGUGGCACCAAUUUUGUGCCUUGUUUGUCUCACAUCCCACACUAAACUCUCCGGUUCACCUGCGGUAUUCGCCACACCCCGAACAUCACAGCGACCCUUUGCACUUUCGUUUCCAGCCGGCGAGAGGCGGAAACCGAAAACGGAGCAGAAACAGAAAGUCCCGUUUCCCGUCUCCGCCGGCGCUUAAGGCAGCGGGAGCAGCAGCGCGCUGCCCGCACCGCCCACCGGCCGGGGGGCACCAGGACCCCCGGUGAUGCUGGCACCAGUCAUGUCCCAUUGCACCGCCGCAGUCACCGAAGCCCCUCUGCUGGGUGUCGGGGUGACGGCUGUGCCGCGCAGAUGGGGAGAGGCGAAGCAGCGGCCACCUUAGCUGCCCGGCGCUGACGCCAGCGGGGCGGUGACCUGGGAAGGUUUAAAAGCUGCUGCAGGCAGGAGCAAGCCGAGAGAGAAGAGUGACCGUAACUGGCAGGAUAGAAGAGGGACAGAUGUUAUCCAUGAGCAUGCUAUGGACGGUGGCCGCCAACAAGCUGGACAGCUGGAUCAUGGAGAAUCUGCAGCCCAGCACGGAGUUCAGAAUGCAGGUGAAGGAGACAGUGGAGCAGAUCUGCACCUUCCUGAAGGAGUGCUGCUUUGAGAAAAGCAUCCGUGUCCAGAAGACUGUUAAGGGUGGCUCGGCGGGCAAGGGCACAGCCCUGAAGAACAACUCCGAUGCCGACGUGGUGCUCUUCAUCAACUACUUCUCCAGCUAUCACGUGCAGAAGCAGGACAAGGAGAGACAGUAUAUCCUGCAAUUGAUUGAGCAAGGGCUGCGUAUCUCCAGGGAGAGACUGAACUUCACUGUCAGCAUCAGUGAACCCCGAUACAAGGGUCCCAACAAUGCACCACGCUCCCUCAGCCUCACUCUCUGCUCCAAGAGGAACUCGGAGUCCAUUGAAGUGGACAUUCUUCCUGCCUAUGAUGCCUUGGGGAACGUGCAAGGGGAUGACCGUCCAGACCCAAAUGUGUUUGUGGGGCUCCUGGACAUUGGCAGCAGCCCUGGGGAGUUCUCUCCCUGCUUCACUGAACUGCAGAAGAAGUUUGUGAAGCGUUGCCCUGCCAAGCUGAAGAACCUUGUGCGCCUGGUCAAGCAUUGGUAUAAGAAGAUGGUGAAGCCACAGUACCCCAACGAAGACCUGCCCCCCAAGUAUGCCUUGGAGCUGCUGACCAUCUACGCCUGGGAGGAGGGCAUGCGCUCGAGCGACAGCUUUGUCACAGCUGAGGGUUUCCGUACGGUGCUGGAGCUGCUGCGCCGGCACCAGGAGAUCUGCAUCUACUGGGAGAAGUUCUAUUCGCUCAAAGACAACCGGACCGGUGACCACGUGAAGAGACUGCUAGGCAGUCCCCGCCCCGUGAUCCUGGACCCGGCCGACCCCACAGGGAUUCUGGGCCAAGGCACAAGGUGGGACCUGCUGGCACAGGAAGCUGCCUCCCACUCGGCACAGCUGCCCUGCCUCAAGGACGCCCGGCCCUGGGCUGUACAGCCAGCCCGGUCUGUGGAGAUUGAGGUGAGGCAGCUGACAGGCAUCAGACUGAGCAAGACUGUCAGCCCGAGCAUCACCAUCUGGCAACUGAAGGAGGAGAUCGAAAAGGUGUGGGGUAUCUCCCCACACAGGCAGCGCCUGGCAUGGCAGGAGGCAGGCAGGACCACUGUUGCUCUGCAGGACAGUGAGACCCUGGCCACUCAUGGCAUCUUCUAUAACAUCACUCUGAUGCUGCUGGAAACCGAGCCCAGGGAGAUGGAGAUCUUUGUGAAGGGCAACCAGACCACCACCUACAGGGUGCUGCCCACCCACACAGUCCGGCAGCUGAAGGAGAUGAUUCACAGACAGGGUGGGCCUCCCCCUCCUCAGCAGCGCCUGCAGUACGACUCCCAGGAGUUGGAGGACCAGCACACACUGGCACAUUACAGAGUUCAGCCCAGGAGCACCAUCUACCUGCUCGGGAAGCUUCGGGGUGGGGGGCGCAGGCCCUAGGCAUUCCCAGUUCCCUGCUUGCUCAUCUUCCUGAGCUUUGCCCCAGCUCAGACCUCUGUAACUCCCCUGUGCCCCCCCCCUGUUGCCCUAGAAAUAAAUGUCUUGAUAGCUC